AUGGCCUCGGACCUGAUAGACCUCGUCUUCCUAACCCCGCUCCCAAGACACCACCGCAACCCUCCUCACGACGAAAUGUCCGACCCGAAAGAGGCCUGUCCCGUCGACCACAAGGCCCGCGAGGCCUGGCUGCAGCACGCCCGCGCCGCGAACCCGAACGACGAGACGACGACGACGACGACACCGAACCCCCCGCCGGCGCAUCCCGUACCCGAGUCCAAGUCCUGGACGCAGUCUCUCCUCUCCUACACACCCUUCUCCGGCCAGUCUGCCGCAAAGGAGCCGUCAUCACCAGGUGCAGAGGCGUGCCCCGUAGACCACAAGUCCCGCGAGGCCUGGCUCGAACAAGCCCGCGCCGCAAACGCAUCACCACCAUCACCACCAUCACCACCAUCACCACCUCAAACACCACAAGCAGCGCAACCGCAGCCCUCGUCGUCCUCCUGGACACAGUCCCUACGCUCCUACAUCCCCUUCACCUCACCCUCAUCCCCAACCGCCGACCCAACGCCACAGCCCUCACAACAACCCCCAAAACCAUCGCCCCUCGACACCCACCGCGAAGUCUCGACGAUCCCCCGCACCGCGACCUCGGCAUACCCCUACCCAUCCAGCACGACCCACGCGCCCUCGAACCACGAGCAGGAGACGGGCGCCGACGCCGCCACGGGCAACUGGAUCUACCCCUCGGAGAAGAUGUUCUUCGACGCCAUGAAGCGCAAGGGCCACGACUCCCGCGUCGCCGACAUGAAGACCGUCGUGCCCAUCCACAACGCCGUCAACGAGCGGGCCUGGAAGGAGAUCCGCGAGUGGGAGAGGCCUUAUACCGAGGGUACCGCCUGCGACGGCCCCAAACUCCACUCCUUCGCGGGCCUCAGCACAAACAUGUCCCCCAAGGCGAGGCUCAAGACCAUCCUGGGCUACGUCGCCCCCUUCGACCGCCACGACUGGGUCGUCGACCGCUGCGGCGUGCAGGUCGACUACGUCAUCGACUUCUACGCCGGGAGGCCCGACGCCCAGGGCAAGCCGAGCUUCUACCUCGACGUCAGGCCCAAGCUGAACAGCUGGGAGGGCGUCAAGAUGAGGGCGCUGAGGGGUGUCGGGCUGGCUUGA